AUGGCCAGCUUAAUCCCAUAUCCUCUGGUGCGUGAUAUUCUUCCCAUCGAGAGGAUUCAGAGGCACUGGCAGAUUCAGAUGACGAAAGAGGCGCUGAAGAGACUCUGCCGCGAACACGACCUGUAUUCCGUGCCCGCCCUCAACGAUGUGCUCUACCUCCACUUCAAAGGCUACACGGAAAUAGAAAACCUCGAGGAAUACACGAGCCUCAAGUGCCUCUGGCUGGAGAACAACGGCUUCCGCGCCAUCACCGGCCUCCACCACCUCCGCCACCUCCGCUCCCUCCACCUCCACCACAACCUCAUUACCUCCUUGGACGGACUUCAGAACCUGCGCUCCCUCGUCACGCUCAACGUCUCCUACAAUAUGAUUUCUAGGAUCGAGCACCUCAAUGGUCUCCCCCAGCUGGAGACGUUACAGAUAAGCCACAAUCGCCUCACCACAGCAGAGGACGCGCAACAGCUGGCUGAGUGCAGUUCCCUCUCCUGUCUUGACCUUUCACACAAUAAGAUCAAUCAAGCGGAGAUUGUCCAGGUCUUGGGUGUCAUGCCAGAGCUCAGGGUGCUGCAGCUAACAGGUAACCCGGCGACCCGUGAGGUGCGACCUUACCGCAACACCCUCAUCACAACUUGCUGCAACCUGACCUACCUGGACGACCGCCCUGUCUUCCCAGUGGACAGAGCCGCUGCCGAGGCAUGGCUUGAAGGGGGAGUGGAGGCUGAGAGAGCCAUGAGAAGGCAGUGGGCAGAGCGAGAUCACCAACGUCAGAGAGACUGUGUUAACGCUGUUAUGAGGCUUCGGGAAAGGGUAUUGGCCCAGAAAGCUGCGAAGGCCGAGGGGACGUCGACAGAGCCUGAGGACAUGGGCAUUCACGUUGAGGACAACGGGGAGGAGAAGAUAUACGCUCUCACGCCAGAGGCCAAGGAAUGGGCAAAAAAGAAGAUCAAUGAAAUGAAAGAGUUAGUGGAGAUUCAAAAGGAAGAAAAGGACAAACCAACGAAGAAUGAAAACGAGGAAAACAAAGGCGAAGCAGAGGACACGGCGCAAAUCAAAGAAGAAAGAGACGAAAAUAUCCCCGAUGACGAAGGUUUUCUAAAACUUCUUGAGAAUCUAAAAGAAGAUCCAGGAAAUCUGAAUGGCGAAUUGUCUAUUGAUCCCGAGGAAUUCAGUGCCGUUGAUUCCACUAAACCUGAAAUUAAAGAAUCGGUCGAACACAAAGACAGUGAUAAAUCCCCGCGUCCUGAUGACACAGCGCUGCGUGAGGAUAAGCCAAGCGAACCUGAAGACGGCAACAGAGCUGGAACAUCAGGGAAAUGCCUCGAGAGCGAAGAAAUAACAAAUGUCGAAAUAUCUGCAAGUCACGAACAAAAGCCAACGGAAAUGGAUGUAAAUCAGGAACACAACUCUGAAGUGAAACCGACAGUUUUAGAAACUUUGCAAGAUCGAUCCUUGCAAAUAAGCUCUUCUGAUCUUGCAAUGGCGGACGACGAGUGUUCCCAGUGUUCGUCCACCUGUCGACACCAGGAGGAGGAUGACAGACUCUUGUACGCGAGUUGCCAUAAUUUCCUCAGACUCCACGGCACCAUGAGGGAAGAGCAAACAGAAGAAGAGUCUCGGCCCAUGACCACCGAAGAACUGCUAGGAGACAUCUGGCACGUCACCGAGGCUGUGGCCCAAUGCAGCCCAUCUCCUUCUCCGUUAGACCAUGAUCAAGAAUCAGACUCGGAUGGCCAGGGAUACGUCCGUCAACUCGUUUACGAUCAGAAUCAGCCACACGAGACGGAAUCUGACAUAGAAGAACUACUGGAAAACAUGGACUUCGAACCAGACUUCCAGGCGUACCGAGAAGACCAGCUAGCAGAGAGAGCUCCCUCUCCCUUCGUCGUCAGAGAAAAUGGGAUCACAGCAAGGUACCCGCAGGCCCUCAGUAUGAACGAUAUCCUUGAUGAUGAUGACGAAGACGAUUUCAACGAAGACGAUGGCAACGCCGACGACGGCGGCGACGACGACGAUGACGAUGACGACGACGACGGCGACGGCGACACUCACGGAGCGACCGGUGCGGAAGGCCCUGUUCCCGCUGGCGCUCCGAUGUUCGGCGGGAACUGGAUGGACCAGACGAGGAGGAACAUCAUGAAUGACGAGUGGGACGAAGUGGAAGAGCAGAGUGAGGAGGAAAGCGAGCGAUCGGAAGAAGCAAGCUCAGAGGGUCUCCAGGAAUCGGUCUCCCCGCUAGAGGACUCUGACGAGAGCAGAGACGAAAGUUCGCUUGAAGAAGAAACGGUCAGUUCUGUGUCCACCAAUUCCUACAAAAUCGAACAUAACAACGGUCUACUCUUCUACGAACACCCAAUUCGACAGCAAGGAAGAUUGGACAGGACAUUUGAAGGAAACACCGAAGAAAACCAGAAACGUAAAGAGUCCUCUUCUUCCUCCUCUUGCUCAAGCCUUAGUGUGUCCUCUUUGAACGAUCCCUCCAUCGUGGAGGAGAUUAUGAAAGUCCCUUGUUACAGCUCUCAAAGAGGAGAGCCAUCGGAUGUCGCUGCGAGAUCACAGCUGCCCUCAGGAUUAAGUACAUCACAAAUCGCCUCUGCAUCUGGAAUCAAGCCUUCUAAUCAUCACCCUCAAUCUCAAGAACCAACUACCGAACUCGAACCACGGACUGCCCUCUCCACCAAGCCCGGAACUUCGAGCCAAGGGAGCACGCCAGCAUUUCGCCGAGACGUACCAGACGCCAGAGCAACAAUGAGUAAUGAGUCAACCUUCCCUGUACAGACUCCGCGAAGACAAAAUCCUUCCGAAAGCCCCGAGGGAUCCGCAAGACAAGUCAGAUAUGAUCGAGAAACAUUAGCUGGAAAUGAGAGUCUGAUAUCCCCAUCGUCGUCGUCUUCUCGCCGACGCGAGACCAUCUUCAGCGCCAGGGCUGCUCUCAGAAGCUCGCACGAGGCCUUCGUCGCCGGACAUAACAUGAGAUCUCUGUUAGUCGCCACGCAGGAUAACGACGACAGCGCGACUUUAGGUACACUCCAAAUGACAACAAAUGGUGAAAGACAUCAGGUCAGAAGUCAACCAGCUCUGAUACAGGUGAUCGGAGAAGAUGAGUCAGAUUAAGCAAAAAAUAUGAACACAGGAAAGUGAAUACUGGAAACAGAGAUGGAAGCAAGCGAUAAAUAAAGGGGGGAGGCAAG